ACACACGUUUCGUCUCGCGGCGCCCCGUCAUCUCCCACCGCCUCUUCCCACGGAACGGAAGCCAUUAAAACCCCUCGCCGUCAUCCACCUCCCUCCCCUCCCUGAGAAAUCAAGAAUCCGAAGCCGCCCCUUCCUAUCCCACCCGCCGCGCCUCCGGAUCGAAGCUCGGAGCUGCUUCUCCCCCCUGAUUCGCUCCAAUUCCGCCGGCUCCACCUCCCCAAUCAUCAGUUCCCCGGCCCGGGCUCCGGAGGUCGCCGUUGCACGCGCGCUCGUCAGAAGAGCAGUAGUGCAGUAGCCCUCGCCGCCUCGCGGAACGCGCGCGCUGUUGAUUUAUGUCGCCUGCCCUGCCGCAGCUCCAUGGUUCUGAGCUCCCGUCGCCACCAGCCUCCUCUUGCCCCCUUCUCCGCCAGCCUUGGCUGAGGGGCGCCAGACAGUGCGGGUAUUCCAGGGUAUCCAGGUAACCUUUUUUUUUCACAUGUCUGAUUGAGUUACGACUAAGUCGAUGAGAGGCUUUCUUUCUCUGUUGUAGUUCAGCCCUGGUAACUUUCUAUCAAACACUGUUAAUCUUGCGUUUAGUAGGUGCCAAAGUUCGAAAGAUUUCUGUAAUGUUUUGUUGACUGUAUGUGUGUAGCCGUGUAGGUAGGUACUUCUGUCUUCCAUUGCUGCUGUUGUGUUCGUAGUUCCCUCUAUCUAGCAGUCAUGUAUGCUUGGUUGUUUAAUGUAAAGCACUAAAGAUUUUGUCUGUUGCCAUGACUUAACUGAUCACCUGUUCCCAUGUUAUUAAAAUAAUUCACUGCUUGUUCAGUCAAAUCAGAUUAGUUUUGAUCAUCUGACAAAUUUAGCGAUUGCCAUGUUGCGGUGCCUGGCCUGAUUUCAGUGUUGAGCUGCAUAAAACUCUACGUUCUAUGUGAACAAUGAACAUAAUAAUAUUACCUCAUUUGUUUAUGCAAAGAUGGAGGUUUGCAUCAGUUCAUAUCUGUUGGCUCAUGUAUUGCAAGAGCUAAUUCAAGUAGUGUUUGUAUCUCAGUGAAAGUUUUCUAUAGUAAUGUAUGUUGAUUUCAGAUUUGGAUUUUUGAUGAAGUACUCUGGGUUCCUGCACUUAGACCCUUGCCUUUUAUUUUCUUACACGUGAGGCAGUACAAGUUGAAGAAUCCCCCAAAUCACAAUCAAUCUUUGGUUUGGUUUAGGUGGGUUGAAUUUGGCACCCUUCCUCAAUUCAAACUGUCAUCCUGAAUUUCAAAUUCUGAAACUUCUUCUGUGAAGAAAACUAAUCUCCCCUUGUCCAGUUCAGAUCAGAAGUUAAGAGACAAUCCUCUUUCUAAUUUGGUAGAUUGGGUACUGCAGUUGUAGACACGUCUUCCUUGAUUGCUGUUGCUUGGGAUCUGGAUGUUGCGCUCCACGAAGAUGCCUCCUAUGCGGAAGGUCCGCAUUUUAUGCUCUGAUCCUGAUGCAACAGACUCCUCUGGUGAUGAAGAUGAUCAAAACCCAAAGACAGAAAAGAAAAUUAUAAGAGUGGUGCUAGUUCCAGUAAAGAAUUGUAAAACCUCAAAACCUCUAAAAACUAUCAUGCCAUCUGGAAUGAAGGAUCUGGAUGGUCCUCCUGAGAGGAAGGUAUCAUCAAGCAGGUACCGUGGUGUGCGACUGCGCGAGUCGGGUCGGUGGCAAGCAGAGAUCCGCAAUCCUUUGACAAAGAAACGGGAGUAUAGUUUGCAUAACACUGAGGAGGAGGCUGCUGCAGCAUAUCAAGCAAAAUGGAACCAGUUCCGUGCAGAGAUGCUGGCCAUGAAAGCUCAGCCGCCCGCGUCAAAAUAUGCAUCCUUGUCCAGCUUGUCCUUGGUUUCCUGUGUUUCUUCAUUGGUAUCAUGCAAGAAGAAGGCACGAGAAGCUCAGAACAGAGGAGGAUCAUUAAUGGAGGUACACUGUGAUCCUAUAGAUGAAAGCUCACGGAAUUUCUCCCUCAAAUCUAUGGAGAUUCCACAAAACGUCAUGCUAUGCCUGAAAGAUGAGCAUCCUAUCAGUGACUCUGUCAGGCCUGCUGAUGAACUGCCGCCCGAUGAUUUCACCAAGCCAGAGGAUAUGUUCAGAGCCAGUGAUUUUAUUGGCGCUACAUACAAACCUCUGGAUGAUGAUGAUGACUAUAUUGGCCUGGCUGACAUUAGCCACCUGCCACUUCCAAUCAAUGACCCAGAGUUUGAUCUGGAUGCAGAGCUUGAUUGGAGUGGGUUCGACUUCACUUCAAUGGAGCAUGAACUGAAGUUACUGUGAGGUUGCAUCAAAGAUGCUUUCUAAAUAACUCUGGGUCUUGGUGAAAUCAUCACAUCGAUGGAUACUUCUAUUCAGCGCAGUCGUGCUCUUGAUGGUGUCUAUUGUGCUGGAAUCUGCUCUGAGUUGUCUGCAACUCUGAAUGCUGCACUGGGUUCAGAUUUCAUUCUGACUGCAGAUUACUGGGUGCAUAUUGAUGGGAUCUAUAAACCAGAUGAUCUCCAAAUUUUGUCGGAAACUGUACAGUUCAUAGAGUAACUUGUCUGAGAGUAUGCAAUAAGUUUUCAGAAGUAUGUAAAUAUUCUAAUUUCAGAGCUGACAUUGCAGCAUCUGUGCAUGUCUACAUCCUUUCGAUAAUUGUCCUAAGAGAAGUUAUCCAUUCGUUUUUUUUCUU